CGAGCCUUCACGACCGACCGCGGCAAGCAGUACUAUGUAGGAGAGACUGCUGCCCCUUUAAGUAACAAACGAUUAUAAGUAAACAACUUCAAUAAGGAUUUAUUGGAAUUUUGCAGUAACAUUUACCGUGAAUGUGAAGAUAACUGCAUCUCAAUUCUGUGGAACGGGGUAAUUUUUGGAUAGCGCACGAGAGGGUUACUUGCUAGCUGACUGGUUAGCAUCGUUCUCGCUAACUAAACAUGGUGGCCAGUGAACGAAAAGAGCUCUAAAAUAUUUAAGAAAGCUUAUUGUUGAAUGAUUUUAGAGGACUUGCAGAGAAAAUUACAUGGAGACUCGUCUGACAUGCCAAGGAAGGAGUUACCACUACCAGAGGGUUGGGAAGAAUCCCGGGAUUUUGACGGGAAAGUCUACUUCAUCGACCACAUCAAACACGCUACUAGUUGGAUUGAUCCAAGAGACAGGCAGACUAAACCUCUGACAUUUGCUGACUGCAUUGGCGAUGAGCUGCCUGUGGGUUGGGAGGAGGCCUACGACCCCAAUGUCGGGGCCUACUAUGUGGAUCAUAACACAAAGAGCACUCAGCUGGAGGACCCGCGGGCCCAGUGGCAGCGGGAGCAGGAGGUCAUGCUGCGGGAGUACCUGGACGUGGCCAAGGACGCGCUGAGCGCUCAGAAGGAGAUCUACCAGGUGAAGGAGCAGCGCCUGCGCCUGGCCCAGCAAGAGUACCUCCAGCUCAACAACGCCUGGAGGGACAGGUCCACCUCCCAGACCAGCUUGAAUUCCAGAUCAUCCUCCAGCAGUAAAUAUGACCCAGAAAUCCUCAAAGCCGAGAUAGUCACUUCCAAAAGUAGGGUGAAUAAGCUGAAGAGAGACCUAGCCUGCAUGAAACAAGAGUUGCAGUAUAAAGAGCAGGGCUUUGAAACGCUGAAAGAGAUUGACCACAAGGUGUCCAGCGCGCCUUACGGUGUCAAGCUUCACGAUGAGCAGGCCAUCCUGAACGAGGUCAAGUCCAUCCGGGACUCCAUCAGCUCCGGGGAGAAGGAGAAACAGGAGCUCAUGCAGAAACUAGCGGUGCUUAAGGAUGGCUUCCAGUUGGACUCAGUGGGUUCUCAGUCUGACCUGUGGGGCAGUAGCCCCUCCCUGGCCAACUCUGAGCUGUCCAUCCCUCGCCUCUACUCCGAAACCGGAUCCCAGACCAACAUACCUGCUGAGUUUGUGACCAACACCAACAACUUGGCAGAGAAGGUGCGACUGAGCCUGAAGUAUGAAGAAGCAAAUAGAAGGAUUGCCACCAUCGAGGUGCAGAUAGCCAAGCUGGACAGUGAGGCAUGGCCAGGGCUGCUGGACCCAGAGCGUGACCGCCUCAUCCUCAUCAAUGAGAAGGAGGAGCUACUCAAGGAGCUGCAAUACAUCAAGCCUUGCAAGAAAGUGCCUGAUGACCAGGAGAAGAUAGAGACACAGAAGAAAAGGCUUGAGAGAGACCUGCAGGCUGCCAGGGACAACCAGAGCAAGGCCCUGACCGAGAGAUUGAGAUUGCACUGUAAGAGGAACAAGCUGGUGAGAGAGCUGGAGGAGAUGGUUCGCCUGGCCUCAUCACUACACACUCAGCUCAAGAGUCUUUCGGCCAGCACACUGUCGUGUUCCUCAGGCAGCAGCCGUGGCUCUCUGACCUCCAGCCGGGGCUCUUUGGCCACAACGUCAUCCCUGGGCUCCACCUCCUCCCUGAGCUUCACAGAUAUCUACCUGGAGCAGCCUGAGCUGAGAGACCCAGACUUCCAGAACAAAUUGGACUCCCUACUGCAGGAGGGUGGCCCAGGGGUCAGCUACCGGCCCUCCAGCUCCAUCACCACCAUCCACGAACACGAGGUGGUCGCUGGGGGAGAGAGAGCGGGUGACAAGGGGGGUGUUGUCGGUGGGGGAGCAGAGGCCAGAACCAGGCUACAGGCGCUGAGACUAUCAGAGACGCCAAGGUCGAUCAGUUCACUGUCGCCGAGGUCUUCAAUGUCGUCGCUCUCGCCGCCCUGCUCGCCGCUGGUCACGGACUCUAUAUUCCUCUCCGGGGAGAGGUUUGCGGGACCAGGGGGCCCAGGUGGGGGGCUGGACAUGGAGCUGCAUAGCAGGCUGACUGAGCUAGGGCUGGGGUUGGACAAGGAGGAGCAGCAGCACCCUGGAGGGGUGGAGCAGGAUGCCAAUACCAUAGCUGGAGAGAUGUUUAAAGAUGCCAUAGUGCACGCCAGAGGGACGGUGGGGGCGGGGCCUAAGAAGAUGGGCGUGACAUCAGCAGUGUCUGAUGAGUCGGUGGCGGGUGACAGCGGGGUGUACGAGCCCUCAGAGACGAGGUCAGUCCUCCCUGCAGAGCUGCUGCUGGGCUAUGAGGAGAGAGGAGGACCACUAGGCUGUGCCCAGGUCAGACUGGGCCUGAAGUACGAGGUGAAAGACAAGCGCUUCACCGUGUUCGUCACGCAGCUCUCCAAUUGCAGCGUCCUCGUACUGCCACCAGACCACAAAAUAUACAUCCGUGUGGCGGUGCUCCCGUGCUCAGAGUCCACCUGCUGCCUCUUCCGGACGCGCGGCUCUCUCCCCCAGGACAUUGUGGAGGUCAACGAAGUCUUCGGUGUCCAGAUGGCCCACAAUGCCCUGCGGCAGAAGACCCUGAGGGUGGACAUAUGCCACACCAGCCUGUCCGGCCGUGAGGAGUGUCUUGCUGGUGCUCAGAUAAGCCUGGCUGAUGUCAACACCUCUGGGGAGAGAUGUGUCAAGAGCUACAACCUCCUCAGCUACUCCUUCAUGCCCCAGAUCAAUAACAAGGACAAGACUGGGACGACUCUGCAGUCUGAAAGGAGCUCUGUCCCCAUCACAGAGAGAGUAGCAGGCAGUCUGGAGGGUGCACCAGAGGAGGAUGAAUGUGUUUCAACCCUCUACAGGCACAGUGAAGAGCUGGAAGGUGAAGUGUUUGAAGACGAGGAAGAUGACCACGUAGAGGGGGCGGGACCUCUAGAGGAAGAGGAGGAGCUAUAUCCUGACGGCAGCCAAUGGGAGGGAGAGGUGACAACCAAACCGACUGGAAUAGGAACCAUGGCUGAGAGGGUGAACAAGGAGACCAGUACCGGCCACCACCACCAUGUCUCCUCCUCGGUGGUCCGGCCAAAGGAGCGUCGGCCCCACCAUGUUCCCCAGCAGAAUGCCUUCUUCCAGGGCAACACCAUCAUCCGCUCCAAGACCUUCUCCCCUGGGCCCCAGAGCCAGUACAUCUGCCGGAUCAACCGCAGUGACAGUGACAGCUCCACUCUGUCAAAGAAGUCUCCUUUCGUCAGGAACGCAUCAGAGAGACGCAGCAUGCGCAUGAAGAAGCCCUCGGUGCCGGUGCGGAGCCUAGACGGGCUGCUGCGGACCAGUCUGGACCUAGAGCUGGACCUGCAGGUGUCCAGGACACGCCACACGCGACUGGCUCAGGAGCUGCGUGUCCUCAGGGAGCUGAAGGAGCAACUGGAGAGGGCACGGCAGCAGGGAACCAGAGAUCUCCCCACCUGGGUGCAGGACGACGAGCGCUUUCGUUUGCUUCUCAGACAGGCCGAGAAACAGACCCGUGAGGAGCAGCUGCAGGAGCAGAGGGUGGAGAAGAUGAUGCGUGCUGCGGCCAAGGACGUCCACAAGCUCCGAGGCCAGAGCAGGAAAGAGGUGCCUGAGGUCCAGUCCUUCAGAGAGAAGAUGGCCUUCUUCACUCGAGCAAAGACCAACAUCCCUGAUCUGCCUGUCGACGAUGUGUAGCGCAUUUCAAGUAUUCCAGUCUUACCUGCUGUUUCCAAGCAGAUGACUCUGACGCAGACUUCUGGUGGUAUUAUGAAGAAUGGAGAAUAAUAAAAUAAUAAUGUAUAGGAAAAAAUACCGUCACAUUUUUCAGAGUUGCUAAUCUGUAUAGUUUUUUUUGUGCUAGCAACUAGAGCAUUGUUUUCUUCCACUCUCUGUAGCAUUAUUGUUACUGUUACUAAUAAGUGGAUGUUGGAAGAGACCGUUAGAUGUGUUAUGGUAAAACCGUAACUCCAAUACACACCAGCCCUUUCUGUGUGGAAUUUGAAAAGAUAAAAGAGAAAUGCUGUUCUGUUCUUUAGCCAGGACCACUUAUUUGCUGUAGUCUUAAGAUGUGAAUAUUGACCCCCAGAGGUACUUUACAUUAUUUAUAGCACAACACAUCUACAAAAUCAAUACUGUUAUUGUAUGAUGGUGUACUAUGACUGAAUGUGUGGUUGUAUAGUAUACUGAAACCGGCUGUCUGUCCCUAGUCACACUGCACAUGGUUCUCAUAGUAACCCUCACUGGUGCACACACCAUCUCUCAGCAUUGUGUAGGAACUGCACUAACUCUCACCUAUACUCAGGUAGUUUAUUGGAUAGUUUGUGCACUUUUAAAAUGGUAAUCUAUAAAAGAGGAUGGAGGCGUUGAAGAGGUGGGAGGAGUGCUCCACUUCAGGCUGGAAUGAUUGUUGAAUCACUGCCUAACAAAGCACAUGCUUGUGAAAGACAAAAGAAGUGGAGGAGAUAACUCUUGUAUUUUAUGAAGAUCAUUGGUGGGGAUAAACUCCCCAUUGACUGUAUGAUUUAAAACGUUAGUGAAGUGAUCCAAAAAACAUGGAAUAACUGAGGACUAAAGUAUAUCUUAGCUUAAAGUCUAAUCACUUUUCCUGCUCUCAUCCCUUUUACCCCCUCCCUUAAAUUCCUUGUAACUGGACAUUUUGAAGAACCAUACAAACAGUAUCCCAAUUGUUCUUCUGCUAUCUUUUUUUGCAUCUCUCAACUGGACGUUCUAUAUGUAAACCUUACCUUAUCACACUAACUGGGAUAUUUGUCGAUGAGCCCCCUUCCAAAGAGGAUCUUCCCUUCCAGUCUGGGGCAGUACUAGGGACCCCUGUUACACUGGCAAAGCUUUAGUACAUACAGAGAUUAAUAAGAUCAGGUCUGUCUCUGUAUCCAUCCUGCAUGGAGCAUUGUCACAUCAAUGACCACAGGAAUUGGCGAGACCGCACAAACAGAUCUGGGACGAGGCUACACUUCUAGUCUAGCAGCCAAGUUUCCCAAUAUAUCUCUCUGUAAGCAAACAUAACAAAGUCCUUCUGAGGAUGUAAUUUUAUCUCUGCAUGGUGCUCUCUAUGUGCCAGAGGUAUCGUUGAACAGGCUUACUGUUGCAAGUACAUAUCUGGCUCUGAUUGAUCACGUCUGUGAUCUUCACAGGCGACUAGUGGUGUCUGUGUUAAUGAAAUGUGAUAAAGUGAAAUGUGUAAGUGGAUCAACUGGCAGUACAGGGAGAAAUCAGAGGGCUUUAACUAGGCUACUGGAAACAGUACAGGGAGAAAGCUGUAGACUAGAUCAGAACAGUCAGCUUGCUACUCUCUCUGUAAACACUUAAUAAUGGAUGGCAUUUCAGAUGAUAGAGAUGUCUUGGAUGUUGGUUUGAAGGGGUGGUCAUAAGGGGAUAUGUACAAGGGCCCCUGUUCACAUGCUGAACCGCGAUGCAAAUGUCUCUGGAGUGUUUUGGUGAUUUUAGAUGUUUGAGAUUAGAUUGGCUUUUCAUCAAAUCCUACUCUCCCACACCCUUUUUUGUGUUGACCAAACAUGAUUGUGUGAUGCCAAUUCUAUUAGGCCUGAAUUACAAUCUACUGAUAUUGGAGUAGCCAGAAAUGUAACCUACUUUUCAACAGAAACAUAGCUAGCUUCUUUCCCUCAAUAGAGCACUUUUUAGCACCAUAUGUAGAGAGCACCCCAAGAUCUGCUGUACAGUCAGAGACCACUUAAAGCUCAAUACAACAUUAGGCUAGUUCUAACUCUGUGGUGCUGUAGUGAUUUGUCCAAUCCACAACAGCCAGGAUGACAUUGAAACAAGUUCAUGCUUCAUGAGUUUUCCAUAGAAUGUUGAGCAUAAUGACUCUGAAUAUGGAGAGGAGUCAGAGUGGAAUGAAAUCACAUGCCCAGUAUCUCAAUUUGUAUAUUAGCACAAGACCUUAGUCAGAUUUUUUUGAUGGUCAUGAAUUCGCACUAAUGUUCUGCAAAUGAUGAGUAGAGAUUCACUGGUGUCCAGUGUCUCACCCCAAUGGACAUUGCUCUGUAGUUUGAAUACAUUCCAUGUUUCAUACCCUUUACAGAUAGAAUAAUACCCCAAAUUGAAUAUCAGAUAUUAUUUUCUACUCCACCCCAUACUAAUAAUGUUAGAUCAGACAAUUGAAUUCCUUCACGGCUUUUUUCUUUACUGAUAGCAUGUGAAGUUCACAUGCCAUUCCAUAAUGCACUGGUUGUCUUUGCCGUAUCAUGGCGUUCGCACAUUUUGUUUGCAUGCUGCCACAUAGUGUGUGGUUAAUCACGUUACAUGUUUAAAAAAAAAAAAAAAAAAAAAAAAAAGAGAAGGGGGGAAAAGGAACAUAUUGCACCACCAACUAAAAGGCGCUGCGUGGUCAAUCCGAUGUCUGCAUUGUCCGUGCAGCAUUUAUGGUGAUACGGCCUCUGCAGAAGUCGGGGCAUUCAUGCUUCGCGGAGCAGUGCAGAGCUGUUGUGAAGGAUGUUGUCAAGGAAGUGAGUUUGUGUUUAUACAGGACCUCCCGCCAUCACCUACCAUCAACCAAUCAUGUCAAUGUGGAGCAAUACGGAGCCCUCCGCAUUGUUACAAAAUUGCGUCACACCCUCCGCAAUUGCGUCUCACCCUCCAUAUGAAGCCUCCAACCACAUUUUCGGAUCAAGCAUAAAUUGUCUUUAACCCUACAUCUAUAUUCCACAAUUUCAUAAAAAUCAUCACCCCAUUCCACUACUUUCACCCUAACUGAUCCUACACUAGGCCUGGGAGGACGGGACUCUUUUUGCUGCCUCAGCAUAUGACACCUUCUGUUCUACUUUGACCCUGGCAACCUCAACCGGUCUUUCUUGCACUGGGCAAUUCUGAUCCCCAGCAACAUGGGCACCUCCACAAUGGACACUUUUUUUCUCCACUGAUACUACACAUUCCUUUUGUUACUUGCCCUCCUGCACACUUCUCACAUCUCAGAAUCUCCCUCCAACACACUGCUGCAAUAUGACCAUAAGCUUGGCAUCUGAAACACCUUAAUGGGUUCUGCACAAAGGCUCUCACGGGAUAGCUGACAUAUCCUAACAUUACUUUAUCAGGUGAAAAGGAUAGACAGCAUCUUCUGAGUUUCACCACGCUCGCUACUGGGUCUGUGUCGCACCAAAUGGCGGGCAUCACAGACACAGGGAAUCUUACAUUUCAGUUGCUCCACCUCUAAACUUAACACCACUCUUGUAAUCGCUCCACCACGUGUGUUCUGGCUUUGGCCCAACCCAUCGGUUUCUAGACCAAUCAGACGGCCCCGAAAUAUGUUGCAUUUGGUGAAGUGUCAGGAACGUACUCCGAUCCAGACCAUAGAGAUAGAGGAAUCAUCUUUAUAUCUGUGCCAUUAUAGCGUGUGACAGCAUGGGUAGCGCCAUUGAGGCGAUUUCCAUUUUGAAGUAAUCGAUUUUCUUCUUCAUGAUUUUGCUGAUCUCUCCUGAUGACCCGGUUGGACAUGGAAGUCCCACCCAGCUGACUACAUUAAAAUGGUAGAAGUCCUCAAUGGCGCUGUCCAUGCUAAUGCGGCCUUUAGACCACUAGAGGCCUCUAUCAUUCUCUAUGAUCCAGACUCAUUGCAGAGAAUAAUCUAAUGUCUGUGGUCGUGGCGUAGUGUUUGACUGGAGCAGGUGCCUGGGUAGCCAGGCAAAUCAGAGGACACCAUCAGACCAACUCCUUGAAUACCCUACUCUUAGAAGUUUGCUCAACAAAUUGUUUUACCCUUUAGUGUGUGUACUUUAAUGUAUUUAUACUUGGGAUAUUGCUUUUUAAUAGGAAAAGUUACAAAAUCGCUGCUGGAGGACGUCUUUAAAAUGCACUACAUGACCAAAAGUAUGUGGACAACUGCUUGUCAAACAUCUCAUUCCAAAAUCAUGGACAUUAGUAUGUAGUUGGUCCCCCCUUUGCUGCUAUAAUAGCCUCCACUCUUCUGGGAAGGCUCUCCACUAGAUAUUGGAACAUUGCUGCAUGGACUAGCUUCCAUUCCAUUCAGCCAUAAGCAUUAGGCAAUUAUGUUGACCGAUUGUCAUGCUGAAACAGGAAAGGGCCUUCCCCAAACUGUUGGGCACAGAAUCGUCUAGAAUUCCAUUGUAUGCUGUAGCAUUAAGAUUUCCCUUCACUGGAACUAAAGGGCCUAGCACAAACCAUGAAAAACAGCCCCAGACUAUUAUUCCUCCCCCACCAAACUUUAGUUAGAUUUUUUUACCUUUUAUUUAACUAGGCAAGUCAGUUAAGAACAAAUUCUUAUUUUCAAUGACUGUCUACAAACAGUGGGUUAACUUCCUUGUUCAGGGGCAGAACGACAGCUUUUUACCUUGUCUGCUUGGGGAUUCGAUCUUGCAACCUUUUGGUUACAAGUCCAACGCUCUAACCACUAGGCUACCUGCCGCAUAGUUGUCACUAUGCAUUGGGGCAGAUGGCGUUCUUCUGGCAUCUGCCAAACCCAGAUUCGUCCAUCAGACUGCCAGAUGGGGCGGCAAGGUAGCCUAGUGGUUAGAGCAUUGGACUUGUAACCGAAAGGUUGCAAGAUCGAAUCCCUGAGCUGACAAGGUAAAAUCUGUUGUUCUGCCCCUGAACAAGGCAGUUAACCCACUGUUCCUAGGCCGUCAUUGAAAAUAAUAAUAAGUCCAAUGGCGAUGAGCUUUACACCACUCCAGCCGACGCUUGACAUUGCGCAUGGUGAUCUUAGGCUGCUCGGCCAUGGAGACCCAUUUCAUAAAGCUCCCGACUAACAGUUCUUGUGCUGACGUUACUUUGAGGCAGUUUGGAACUCUGUAGUGAGUGUUGCAUCUGAGAACAAGAUUUUCUGUUCUGUGAGCUUGUAUUCUACCACUUGGCGGCUUAGCCGUUUUUGCUCUUAGAUGUAUCCACUUCUCAAUAACGGCACUUAUAGUUGACUGGGGCAGCUCUAGCAGGGCAGACGUGACAAACUGAGCUGUUUUUCUAUGUAGACUGCAUGGCUGUGUGCUCAAUUUUAUACGCCUGUCAGCAACGGGUAUGGCUGAAAUAGCCGAAUUCACUAAUUUGAAGGGGUGUCCACAUACUUUUGUGUAUGUAUAAGGUGUUACAAAAAGUUUAGUUUGGACCAUUUCUAUCCUUUCACAUUUUUACAAACUACAAUGUUGCACUUCACCACUGUAAAGGAAAGUCACUAUUCAUGGCACAGCAAUUUAUUCUACAUGAACUGCGUACUGUGAAUGGAUCCUUUGGAGAGUGUGCCUUUUUAGAUUUAAAUAUGAUUUUAACCUGAGGCGAAAAUGUGGUCACCAUCCAAAAACAGAUAACACUACUUUUUGUUGCCUCAAAUAACGUGUACUGUUUGCAUUUGAAUGUGAACUGUUUACUUAAAAAAGUUAUCAUGAUUUACUCCAGUGUAGAGAGAGUAAACCAAUCUGAGGUCUUAUAUUAGGACUUCUUAUUGGAUUUCAGUGUGGAUGGAACAGUGCUAUCUAUAUGUGAUUAACUGAAGUUAGCCACGAUUGACUAGAUGGUUUGUAACUUGGAUCUAAAGGCUUAAAUGUACUUCUAUAACACCACCCAGCAUGUAUAUUGUUGACAGAAGUGGUCAAUAUAAUCAGAAACUAACGAUUAAGUAUGUCUUACUUCAAGUAAUCAAAAACCAUCACUGUCAGAAACUUGAGCUGGUAGCAUUGAAUGAUUUGUCGUCAUGUAGGAUGUGAUAUAAUUCUUGUUUUGAAGUUCAAGUGCAUUUUUGUCUUAUAAAGUUUUAAUCUGUUGUAUUAAGGAUAGCAAAGAACCUGGUAUGUUUAUGGAAAUAGUUUGAGAAAUGUAUUUAUUGCACUUUCUGAUUUGGGUGUGUGAUGUUUGUUUCCUUUCUCGUGAGACUCCUGAAAGCUGUGAAUUUUAUCAUGGACACUGUACCAUCAACCAGAAUUGUAAAUAUUUCACCAGCACAAAAAUGUUUUGUAGUUUCACAACAAGUAAAACAAGUUUUUUUUGUUCUA